AACUUCACCCAAUUGGCGGAUGAUCAUACUGGUCAGGGUAGACAAAGGUAAGACAGCGGCCAAAAGGUGAUCGAAAAGGAAACGCUUUACGCUUGGACUGCGGUUCUAGUCCAGGGAGAGUUUUUCGAACGGCCUGGCAUGGCGUUUGAUGACGAGGGAGUUUAUGGGGGGAUGUAUGUCACUCAACCGUCGAUGGUACCUUGUCGAGCCUUUUUCAGAAUUAAUGCGGUUCUCUGAAUGUGCUGCUUGUAAAGGUAGUUUCAUACCUGAUAAUACGCAGUCCUUGUUGAAAAGUGGUUAUCGUCUGCCAAAAGGCAUGAAGAUAGAGCACAUGAUCGGGUCUUUGGUACUAUGAAAUUGUGCAUUUAGUAUCCUCGGUGCCCUGUCAAACAAGUUCU